GUGCGGUUAAGACCGCUGACCCGGUUAUUGAGUGAUGUAAUUUCGUUCAUUUAUUUCGAAUAGAUAGGGGCAAAACAAUGUCAGACCCUGAAUCAGAUAAGGAAGACUCCCAAGAAGAACCUUACGAAAUAAUUGAAACACCUGGAGCUAGACAGCAGGACUUACUGCGGGAUUUGAUGUCAAUGGAUCUUGGCAACAGAACGACCAUUCAACAAAUCGGCAUAGGUGGUGCCACAGGCUGGUUUGCAGGGUAUAUGUGUAAAAAAAUAGGAAAGUUAACAAUAUCAGCAAUAGGUGGAGGAAUACUUAUUCUGCAGAUUGCACACAAGACAGGAUACAUCAAUAUCAACUGGAAAAAGGUGGAGAAGGAUUACAAUAAAGUUAGCAGACAUGUAGAGCGGGAAGUGUACAAAGUGGCUCAAGGAAACUCAUCAACAGAACAAAGGAUAGUUGGCACUGGGAGACAGAUAUUUGACUAUGCCAAGAGGAACAUGGCUGCAGCAUCUGGCUUUGCUGGAGGCUUUCUCAUCGGGAUGGCAUUCUGAACCAUCUGCAUGACAAGCAUAAACUAUUAUUUAAGGGGUAACAAGGUACCUUAAAAAAGUCUAUGGACUUCUCCAAUGCAUACACUCAAAAUAGCAACAUACUUGAUCAAACUUUAUAACCACAAUGCUUUAUACUGAAAAUAGUUAAAAGCAGAACUUCAAAGACCAAAGACUAGGGUAACGAAGCCUGUACAGACAUGACUUACUAGAUAAAGGAAGGAACAAUGACAUUAUUAUCCUGAGGAUGGUGAUGUGACAGCAGUGGAACUGCGCUGUUUGAGAUAAUGUUUUCAGUUAUUAUUAGUAUGAAUGGGAUAAGAAGAUAUACAAAUUGUAUAGCAGAAGCCAAAACAAGUAAAAAUAAUGUUUUGUUUA